CUAGGCGGGAAAGUCCCGCCUCUUCUGUUUACGUUCCCUGCAAGAUGGCGGCGCCCAGAGCGUUCCUGCACCUGGGCCCCCGAGAAUGGAGUGGGAGAGCCAGGCGCAUCCACGGCAGGAGUGAGCUGGCGACCCCAGACGGCGGUCGGGCGGAGAGAAGAACGCUGCUGCAGCUCCUCUCAGAUCACUUCCAGGACAUCCAGACUCUGAGAGAGUACUUGCUGCAGAGACAGAUCUCGAAAGUCAGCUGGGAGAAUCGAUCCUUCACUAAGAUCCAUGAGAAAUAUGGCCCAUAUGUCGCGGGUGCUUUCUUCAUCCUGAAGCAGGGAGGCGCAGUGAAGUUUCAGGACAAGGAGUGGAUCCGGCCAGCCGGCCGUGGCCACUUUCUUGCUGAGCUUCCGACAUUGCAGAAGGUGCCUGUGGAGGCUGUGGAUGCCAGUGGCUGUGCCAUCAACUACCAGGGCCUGAGUAACCUCUUGCCCCUGAAGGAGCUGCGGUCCCUGUCCCUGCAGCGCUGCCCCAACUUGGACGACUGGUGCCUCAGCCGCCUCCACCCACUGGCUGGCUCGCUGCAGGAGCUCUCGCUGGCUGGGUGCCCCAGGAUCUCAGAACGGGGCCUUGCCUGCCUCCACCACCUCCAGAACCUCCGCAGGCUGGACAUCUCAGACCUCCCUGCUGUGUCCCACCCAGGUCUCACCCAGAUCCUGGUGGAAGAGAUGCUGCCCCACUGUGAGGUCCUUGGAGCUGACUGGGCCCAGGGAUGUAAGCUGGGGCCAGGCGAGCAGCCUCCGGACACAUGUAGCCCCCUCUCUUCCUAGCUUGUGACCCCGACUCUCCCAGGCUCUCGUGGGCUCUGUGGAGUGUCUGAAGACUUCUUGUAUUCAUCCAGCACGGAGCAGCAUGGGCAGAUAUGAGGACUGAGUCAGGACUCACUCCUGCUGCCUGCGCAGGGCGAGUGUCUGCCGCCUGCAGACAGCCCUCCAUGCGCGGCUGCAGUUCCAUGACUUCCCGUCAUCCCUGUUCGUCAAGAUUUCCCCCAAACUCUCCCCAUACAUGUUGACAGGGACUGUGGCUGACAUGAGAUGCUGCCGGCCCUUGACAGUGAUCGUUCUUCUCCAUACCUACACAUACUAAAGACCAGCAGCACCCCAAGCCCCACGGCAUGACCCAGUGAUUUACUGAAUUGCACCUUCAAAUGUGGGAGUUCGAGUGUGUCUGCACACCCCGCCCCCAAACGGAGCUGAGUGUUUGAGAAAAUGUUCUCUUCAUCGGGCACAACAGACCUCGCCAGUAGAGGGCGCUGGAGAGAAUCCAAAGUGAAGAGGCCUGUGCUGGGACUGUAAAGCCCAGAGUGUAGGGGGGCGGGGCUACCGGGCAACCGUUCCCCAGCACCCAGACUGCUGGGUGGCAGCAUUCCCCUGGCUCUCCUGUCAACUAUGACUGACUCCUGGCACCCAUGUUACCAGUGGCUCUGUCAUGACUCCAAUACACCAUGGAAAUGUGUGAUUCUUUAUAUUAAACUGUGGCAUUUCCUCCUA